AGCGGCCUGAGCCGCGUCCCCCAAAGCGGGGACAGGCCGCUGGACAGCCGCGCCAUUGACCUCCUGACCUUCAGUUCUUCCCAUUUUCUGCACAGUGUCACCCCCGCCCCCCAUCCCCGCGGCUCUCCCCAUUUCUGGGAUCUCUCCCCGCCCUGCGCACCUGCAGCUUCUGGACUCUGGGUGGGGCGGGGGGGCAUCGCCCAGGAGCCCCUCACCCCGACCCUGCUCUAGGCUCUGAGUCCCCCAGUUUCUCAGUCACCAUCACAAGGCACCAGAGGUGUCGGGGAGGGACACCGUGAUAGAAAUGGGAAAUAUGUAGUCUUUUUUCCGUACUCCUCAACCCCUGGUACCUUGGGAAUGGUGGGUGUAUUUUAUAUGGCUGGUCCCAGAGUCUCAGGGUGGGAACUUUCACCCCCAGCUUCUGGGGAGCUGAGAGGGGCUGGUGAAUAAUCACCAACGCCAGUGAUCUAACCAAUGGCGCCUGCGUAGUAAAAUCCUAAACUUCUUGGGGUUUGGAGAGCGUCCGAGCCGGUGAACACAUUUUGACGCUGGGAGGCUGGCAGGCCCUGAGAGGGCGUGGACCCCGCCACCAUCCCCACCCUCCCGUGGGGUCAGACUUUCAGGGGUGUAAAGGCUCUCCCAGCCUCCCGGCAACCUCCCCAUUUUCUCUCAGACAGAAAGGACUCCCCUUAAUAGAAUCCCCGCCCCCUUAGUCCCACGGUGGUGUCUCUGCAUCUCGGAGGAGCUAGACCAACCGUGUUUCUUAUAAAACAUUCAGAACGUGCAGGCCUCCGGAACUGGUCCCCACAGGCACUGAGACCAUGGACGUGAGAUGGCCGCCCUGCUCCCGCCGCCUGCUGGGGGUCUAUGCCCUCCUCUCCUUGGCCACCGCUGCCCUUCUGGGGCACAUCCUGCUCCAUGACUUGGCAGUGGCCCCCCGAGAGCUGCGUGGCUCCUCCCCAGUACCCAAGGAGGGGUACCGAGCUCCCCAGCAGGGAGCCAGCCGCCUGAGGCCCCAGCCCCGCCCUGGAGCAACACCCACACAGUGCAACGUGCCCCCCAAUAGCCGCUUCGACUGCGCCCCAGACAAGGGCAUCACCCAGGAGCAGUGUGAGGCCCGGGGAUGCUGCUAUGUGCCCGUGGGGCAGCCCUGGGGCUCCCAGAUGGGACCGCCGUGGUGUUUCUUCCCCCCCAGCUACCCGAGCUACACGCUGGGGAACCUGACCUCCACGGACACUGGCUACACGGCCAGCCUGACCCGCAUCACCCCAACCUUCUUCCCCAAGGACAUCCUGACCUUGCGGCUGGACGUGCUGGUGGAGACCGAGAGCCGACUGCACUUCACGAUCAAAGAUCCUGCCAGCAGGCGUUACGAGGUGCCCUUGGAGACCCCGCAUGUCCGCAGCCGGGCACCAUCCACUCUCUACAGUGUGGAGUUCUCCGAGGAGCCGUUUGGGGUGAUCGUUCGGCGGAAGCUGGACGGCCGGGUGCUGCUGAACACCACGGUGGCGCCGCUGUUCUUCGCCGACCAGUUUCUGCAGCUAUCCACCUCACUGCCGUCCCCUCACAUCACUGGCCUCGCCGAGCACCUGGGCCCCCUCAUGCUCAGCACCAACUGGACCAAGAUCACCCUCUGGAACCGGGACAUCGCGCCCACGCCCAACGCGAACCUGUAUGGGUCCCACCCUUUCUACCUGGUGCUGGAGGACGGCGGGCUGGCUCACGGGGUCUUCCUCCUGAACAGCAACGCCAUGGACGUGGUCCUGCAGCCAAACCCGGCCCUCAGCUGGAGGUCAACAGGGGGGAUCCUGGACGUGUACGUGUUCCUGGGCCCGGAGCCCAAGAGCGUGGUGCAGCAGUACCUGGACGUUGUAGGNNACCCGUUCAUGCCGCCGUACUGGGGCCUGGGCUUCCACCUCUGCCGCUGGGGCUACUCCUCCACCGCCAUCACCCGCCAGGUGGUGGAGAACAUGACCAGGGCCCGCUUCCCCCUGGAUGUCCAGUGGAAUGACCUGGACUACAUGGACGCCAGGAGGGACUUCACGUUCAACAAGGACGGCUUCGGGGACUUCCCGGCCAUGGUACAGGAGCUGCACCAGGGUGGUCGGCGAUAUGUGAUGAUUGUGGAUCCCGCCAUCAGCAGCUCCGGUCCCCCAGGGAGCUACCGCCCCUUCGACGAGGGUCUGCGGAGGGGAGUUUUCAUCACCAAUGAGACCGGGCAGCCGCUGGUCGGGAAGGUGUGGCCAGGGCCCACUGCCUUCCCUGACUUCACCAACCCCGAGGCCCUUGACUGGUGGCAGGACAUGGUGGCCGAGUUCCAUGCCCAGGUGCCCUUCGACGGCAUGUGGAUUGACAUGAACGAGCCGUCCAACUUUGUGAAGGGCUCCGUGGAUGGCUGCCCUGAGAAUGACCUGGAGAACCCGCCCUACAUGCCAGGGGUGGUUGGUGGGACCCUCCGGGCAACCACCAUCUGUGCCUCCAGCCACCAGUUUCUCUCCUCGCACUACAACCUGCACAACCUGUAUGGCCUGACCGAAGCCUUGGCCUCCCACAGGGCCCUGGUGAAGGUUCGUGGGGCACGCCCCUUCGUCAUCUCCCGCUCAACAUUUGCUGGCCACGGCCGAUAUGCUGGCCACUGGACGGGGGACGUGUGGAGCAGCUGGGAGCAGCUGUCCUUGUCGGUGCCAGGAGUCCUGCUCUUCAACCUGCUGGGGGUGCCCCUGGUGGGGGCGGACGUCUGCGGCUUCCUGGGCAACACGUCGGAGGAGCUGUGCGUGCGCUGGACCCAGCUGGGCGCCUUCUAUCCCUUCAUGCGGAACCACAACGACCUGCACAGCCUGCCGCAGGAGCCGUACCGGUUCAGCGAGACGGCGCAGCAGGCCAUGCGGAAGGCUCUUGCCCUGCGCUACACGCUGCUCCCCUACCUCUACACGCUGUUCUACGGCGCCCACGCCAGGGGCGACACUGUGGCCCGGCCCCUCUUCCUGGAGUUCCCUGAGGACCCCCGCACCUGGACCGUGGACCGCCAGCUGCUGUGGGGCGAGGCUCUGCUCAUCACGCCGGUGCUUGAGGCCGGGAAGGUGGAAGUGACUGGCUACUUCCCCUCCGGCACCUGGUACGACCUGCAGGCGGUGCCAGUAGAGGCCCUUGGCAGCCUCCUGUCUCCACCUCCAGCACCCUUCAAACCUGCCAUCCACAGUGAGGGGCAGUGGGUGACGCUCCCGGCCCCACUGGACACCAUCAACGUCCACCUCCGUGCAGGACACAUCAUCCCCCUGCAGGGCCCUGGCCUCACAACCACAGAGUCCCGCAAGCAGCCUAUGGCGCUGGCCGUGGCCCUGACCUCAAGCGGGGUGGCCCGAGGGGAACUCUUCUGGGACGACGGUGAGAGCCUGGGCGUGCUGGAGCGCAGGGCCUACACGCAAGUCGUCCUCCUGGCCAGGAAUAAUACCAUCGUGAAUGAGCUGGUGCACGUGAGCAGUGAGGGGGCCACCCUGCAGCUCAGGAAGGUGACGGUCCUGGGUGUGGCCUUGGCCCCCCAGCAGGUCCUCGCCAACGGUGUUCCCGUCUCCAACUUCACCUACAGCCCUGACACCCAGACCCUGGACAUCCCUGUCUUGCUGACCAUGGGACAGCAGUUUCUCAUCAGCUGGUCUUAACCGGGGCCGUGGAGAGUGGGGCCUUGAGUUCCCACCAGCCCGGUGCUCGCCCCCUUCCAUACCCAGCUCUGCUCAUGUGUCUACCUCCUGUGCUGGGGCCCUGGGCUCACGGCACCUGAAUCAGUUUUUGGACCCAGACCUCAAGUCAGGUCUGUGCCCUGAGGGUCGCCUGGAUUUGGAGCGUUUCACUGGAAGGCUUGUUCUCCGAGGCCCGUCACUGGGAUGCCUGUCACAUCAGCCGCCCCCGGGGGCCUGCCCGGAUGGCAGGGAAGGUGGUGCGUGAGGACCAUGUGGUACCUGUGCCCCAAAGUCAGGCCCCGGGGCUGCUGCUGCUCUGACUGAUGACAGGAUGGAGCUGGGUGGCUGCUGUCUUAGGAACUUGGAAGAAUUCACAGGUCUGGGGAAACCUCUUGAAGUGCAAUUAUUUGUAAUAAAAGGGGGAUCAUAGCCAAGCCUGUGUGGUCCUCUGGCAGCCUGCGGUUUUGCCUUUUCACUUUCAUGUCUUUUGAGGAGUGAAAGUUGAGUCUAGCUUGUUUUUUACGCCCUUUGAAAGAAAUCUUUGCCAAAUCCAGAGUCCCUAAGACUUUUCUCCUGUUUUUGUCUAGGACAGUUAUAAAUGCAGGUUUUCCAGCUGGGUUUGGUGUGUGUGAAGUAACGGUCACGGUUCUCUUUUCCUUUCUUGCAUACGGCCAGUUGUUCCAGCACCGUCUGUUAAAAAUACUGUUUCUCCACUGAACUGCCUCAGCACCUUUGUUGAAACCGCCCCCCCCGUAUACCUGUGGUCUUUUCUGGACCUUCUGUGUCCCAGGGACCCAGAGGCCUGUCUUCAGGCCAGUCCACACAGGCUUUGGUAGUAUUUCUUGGUAUCGGGGAGUGCAAGCCCCCGGCGUUGCCCUCUUUUUCGUAGUUGUUUUACUCCGCUAGGUGCCUUGUAUUUCCAUAUACGUUUCAGAAACCGCUUGUCAACAUUUCCCUCCCCUCAAAAAUCUCGCUAUUUUGAGCAGGAUUGUGUUGAACCUAUAGAUCAAUUUGGGGAGAACUGCCAUGGUAAAUAAGGACUGUUCUGGUGGAUUAGGACAGCAUCUCUCACGUAUUUGCACCUCUGGUUCCUCAUGGCGACGUUCUGCAUGUUUUGUCAGACGUAGCCCUAGCCGUUUCCCGUGUUUGAUGCUAUUGUAAAGGGGCUUCUUUAAAUUUCCCUUUCCGGCGCUCGAUGCUCGCACACAGGGGUGCAGGUGGCCUUGGGAUGUUGACCUUGCCGCCAACCUCCCCUAGACUCUGCCCCCGGUAAUAGUUUUUGCUGUGGAAUCUGCCCACCACCAACACAUCCACUCAGGUUCAUGGUGCCUCGUGUGGAACCCCGGUGUACUUUUCUCCAUUUAUUUUGCUUUAAACUUUUUUGUGACUUUAUACGGGGUGGGGCUAAAGUAGGUUUAGUCAUUUUGUAUUACUACUUAUUACUGUAUUAUUUUCUGUAUGAACUGUAAACUUACGUUUGCCCCACCCUGUA